UACAGUUAGCCGCGAAACUUUUACAAGUAUUUGAGUUGCACAGUCUACUUGCAGAGAAACGAGCCACAUUUCACUUGAGGUCAGAGAAAGUUCAGCUUGAUGAGAUACUUCAAUCCUGUGUGACUGUGUGUGCUGUUGUUGUUUGGCUCCCCCCGUGCGGAGUUGAAGCCGUCCUCUCUCGUGUGCGCGCUGCGUAUCGCAGGGUUUGGUCUGUUCUCUGUGUGCGCCGCGGGACUGGCUGUGGCCGCGCUACUUCCGGGUUCCGUCAUUCCACUGCGCGCCGCUCAGCGCUGUGAACUCACUCUGUUCUAUAAGCGCGCCAGCAGCCAACCUGCCAACACUCGCUGACACUCACUCAUCUCAGACCGCGCCAUAGACGAAUACCUGCCGGGGAAAGGAGAGAUCUGCAAUGGCAAUCUUUUAAUUUUUCUCCCUGUUUUCCGUCUUUCCUUUUUUCACAGCACUCAUAAAACAAGAAAACGAAGCGGAGGCGUGGAGGAGACGCAGAGUUGCUGGAUGAAAACGGACUAAAAAAGAUUUCGUCCUCUCUUGAACAUCAUCACCGACCAUCAUUCAUUCAUUACCUUGACAACCUCUGGCUUUGAUUGACAGCCGGAGUGGCAAAAAGCCAUGAGACACGACAGUUUAGUUACAUGCAGGUUGUUGAUGGGACGAUUGUAGCCUUCAGUUUGCUUCUUGACAUUUUUUUUUCGACUUUUUGGGGGGCAAGGAGGAAAACAACAAAAAAUUGCCAAACUCUUCCCGAUGCCUGUGUUCGGUCUGAACUGUAUUGGAGAAUAGGUGAAUUCACCAAGUUGGUUGAAAAAAGGGAAUCUUACCACUAAAUCACGCUCUUACAGGACUGGGAUAUUAAAUAUACGACACGUCCAGGAGUUUAUUGGAGCGCAGCCUGAUGGCGCAGAGGUACGAUGAGUUGGCCCAUUACGGCGGUAUGGAUGGGGUCGGAGUUCCGGCGUCUAUGUACGGGGACCCGCACGCGCCUCGGCCGCUGACCCAAGUGCACCAUCUGAACCACGGGCCGCCGCUGCACGCGAGCCAGCACUACGGCGCACAUGCCCCGCAUCCCAACGUAAUGCCCACCAGUAUGGGUUCAGCUGUCAACGACGUUUUAAAGCGGGAUAAAGAUCAAAUUUAUGGUCACCCGCUUUUCCCUCUGCUCGCGCUGGUGUUUGAGAAGUGCGAGCUGGCGACGUGCACGCCCAGAGAGCCCGGGGUGGCGGGAGGCGACGUCUGUUCCUCCGACUCCUUCAACGAAGACAUCGCCGUGUUCGCCAAACAGGUUCGCGCGGAAAAACCUUUAUUUUCUUCAAAUCCAGAGCUGGAUAAUUUGAUGAUACAGGCUAUCCAAGUAUUACGGUUUCAUCUUUUGGAGUUAGAAAAGGUGCACGAGCUCUGCGACAAUUUUUGCCAUCGGUACAUCAGUUGCUUGAAAGGAAAAAUGCCAAUAGAUUUGGUCAUAGAUGAGCGGGACGGCAGCUCGAAAUCGGACCACGAGGAACUUUCGGGAUCUUCUACCAAUUUAGCCGAUCAUAUGGGGAACGUGGAUGGAUGGAUCCCUUCUGUCGGACCCCAGAACCCAGCUUCCUGGAGAGACCACGAUGACGCCACUUCCACACACUCGGCAGGCACGCCAGGGCCCUCCAGCGGAGGACAUGCCUCACAGAGCGGAGACAACAGCAGCGAACAAGGAGACGGCUUAGACAACAGCGUGGCCUCGCCUGGUACAGGUGACGAUGACGACCCAGACAAAGACAAAAAGCGACAGAAAAAACGUGGCAUCUUCCCCAAGGUGGCUACCAACAUCAUGCGAGCAUGGCUCUUCCAGCACCUCACACACCCGUACCCAUCAGAAGAACAGAAAAAGCAGCUAGCCCAAGACACAGGUCUAACCAUCUUACAAGUAAAUAACUGUGAGCCAGGGAGCAGCAUACAGUCCAGAGGGUCAGCCCAUGGGCAGCUUUGUGCUGGAUGGCCAGCAACACAUGGGAAUCCGGCCAGCAGGGCCUAUGAGCGGAAUGGGGAUGAAUAUGGGCAUGGAUGGGCAAUGGCACUACAUGUAACCCCCCACCUUGUAAAACAAAACUCAAUGAAAAGGGGGAAGUCUGCAGGGCAUGCCAGGGGAGUACGUACCUCAGAGUGGUCCUAUGGGCAUGAGCAUGGCACCGCUACCUUAUUCUUCUCCACCUCCUCCUCCUCCACAGAUGCCACCACACCUCUCUCAGCUACGACACGGACCCCCGCUGCACUACGUUCCGGGCCACGUGCCUCCUCACCCCGCCAUGCUGAUGCACGGAGGACCUCCUCCUCCUCAUCCCGUCAUGAGCAUGUCUGCACAGAGCCCCCCUAUUCUCACCCCCAUCGACCACAGCACUGGUGGACAAGGCCUGGACAUUCACGCCCAGUAGUGUAAAGGGAACCAGACAAGAGCAAGCAAUCUCCCCCUCCCCGCCCUGCCCGCCCACUCCACUAAAGUGAUUUUUUUGUGACUAUUUUUAAGAACAGAAUGAAAAUGGAACAAUUUUGACCAGAAAUUAAACACUCAAAAUAUGGAAUUCCAGAUUGAGCUGUGAUAAUUUUUUUAAUCUUGUCAAAUUUGUUACUUUCAUCGAUGGAGGACCAAGCUGACAAGAACACUUUGUAAAGUCUUGGGCUUUUGUUAAAGAUCAACAGAAGACAUUUUGGACUUAUUGCACAAUAGUGCAAACUGAAAUAAACACAUACACACACACAUACACGUACACGCACUCACUGACACAUGCUCUCGUUUAAACCAUUUUAAAUAAAUAAUUCUGGAAGAUUAAAAAAAGACAAUAGAGACUCCAAGAGUUACAACUACUGUAGUAUAAAAGUAUAGACACUAAGUUAAAACUUGUGCAUUUUGGUUGAUCACUUGAUUUAUGUUUCCAGACCUAGCGCUAGAAUUAAAGGUUAAAUCCCUGCUUUUCACACUGUGCGUGCUGUUCCCUGAGGGAGAGAUGGUCUCAUUGCAGCAAUAAAAAAAAUAAAAUAAAAUAAAGGAAGCAACAUCUCUGAAACAUAUUGGCACUAACACUAAGACCUGAGCAGGCAGUGGACCCGUCCCAAUAAGGACCAGAAGUAGCACUCUACAGAGAGGCUGCUGAGCGAAGCCUGCUCUCUCUGUCUGAUUCAACACGAACCUUUAUUUCAGGCCCCUCUUUUUUGAAUGUUUCCCUGUAGGUAAAGUUCUUAGUUUGAAUUGCCCAAGCACUGGAUUGUGUUGGUUUUAUACAUUUUUAUUUUAUUAUUAUUUUUUUUUUUUGUAUCAUGGACUCUCUAUCACGGAAGAGCCUAUUGAAGGAAGCAUAUCCAUUGAAAAGCAACAUCCCACUGUAGUUUCCAUGCCUCUGGAUCAACAUGCGCACCAUAUGGACAGCACACACACACACACACACACACUAUGGUGGAUUCUUUGGCACUUAGAGAAGCUAUUGGUGGUCGAUGCACCAAAAAAAACUUUAAAAAAAGAAGAAGAGGAAAAAAAAAGAACUUAAAUUAUGAACUCAAAGCUUGGAGAAGAGCUAAGAGAAUAUUGUAACAAACUUCGUACAGAGUUCAGUCUAUUAAUUGUUUCCUGUUAGAUAUUCUAUGUGUUUACCUCAAUUGAAAAAAAGAAUGUUUUUUGCUAGUUUCAGAUCUGCUGUGGCAUUGAUAUUGUAUGUCCAUGAAUUCCUUCCUUUUUCAGCACGUGUUCCUCACUAGAUGAUAAAGAUGCUGUCCCCCCCUUAAGCUUUGUCAAAAAAAAAAAACAUUAAAUACUUGUAUGAGGACUGUGACGUAAUGUUUCAAAGGUGUUCAGUCACAAAUGCUGUAAUAAAUAUUUCAUUUUUGAUUUUGUUAGA